AAGGUCUAACACAUGUGGAGUACAAGUGAAAGAGAGAAAGAGAACUAAAGAUUUGAGGCAAGGAUCCGUGGAAAAUCUGUAGAAAUGAUGUAAGAGAAAGCAAAGGCAGGGAUUGGAGUGAGGAGGGUAGAGCUGAGACUAUAAAAACUCUGAAAGAAAACUCUACAACAGGGAUAAAUUAGGGAGAACAGCAUAGCAAGAACUCUUAAAGGUUGGAAUCACUUGUCUUUUGAACAAGCCACUACCAUUCCUUCAAAAAACAUAGCACAGUGGAAUCCUAAAGAGUUUUCCAUUUUCAAGAUGCUGGAAUCUCGGCUUGUGAUUGUGCAUUUUAUCUUUGCUGUUAUCCUGAUGCCAUGGAGCGCUGGAACAGCUCUGCUGGUUGAUGCAGAACCAGAGUCAUUUGACUCCGUAGCUGAAGCUAUGCAGUCACACUCAGCAUCUAGUGAAGAGAAAUCAUCUACAGACCUGGAGACAAAACUGUUGCUUCUUGAUGAAUUAGUGUCCUUGGAAAAUGAUGUGAUCGAGACCAAGAAGAAAAGGAGCUUCCCUGGCUUUGGGUCUCCCUUGGAUAGACUUUCUGCAGGAUCUGUAGACGUCAAAGGCAAACAAAGGAAAGUAGUGGAGCUUCCCAAAAGACGAUUUGGUGUUCCCGUAGAUCGGAUUGGCGCAAACCGUCUUGCAAACACCAGGGGUUAACAGAAUCUAUGUGUGCAACUUCCCUGAAUGAAAUGUCACGGAAACGUUGGAAGGUGCUUCAGAGAAGCCUCUUGUCAUUGAUUAAUGAUUUAAUGUUUCAGGAAGUGACCUCCUGUACAGUGCUUUUCACAUCACCUUCCAAAGUAUAUUGGACCUGAAAAUUGUCACUCCCACAGUUGAAAUAUGUAUAUAAUUUCCUUGCUUGGCACUUUUUAAAAAUGAAGUUUUAAGAUUUUUCCAGGCCUAUUUGCUCCUCCAAAUCCUUGUUAGCAAUAUAAAGAAAGGAAUAUUUGUAUAAGAACCUACAGUAGAAUAAUUUAAUCAUGCAUUGCAGAUCACUUCUGGUUGCCUUCUAAGAUAUAAAUUUGCUUUGUAAAAUUAAUGUGAUUUUUUUUUAGUUAGUGUUGUCACUUGCAUGGAAGCAUUCACUUUUCUUCUGUAAGAACCUUGGACUUAUUUGAGAGAUCCUGAAAUCUGAUGGGUAAUUAAUAGUUAAUAUACUAUAGCCAUCCUCACUGUGCAGGAUAGGGAAAAUGCCUUCAUCAAAUUAAAGCUAUUCACUUCUCAGAUGAAUGUUCUGUGGGAAAUUGUCCAAAGUCUCAUAAUGGUCCAGAUUAAACACUGACUGCUCUAAAUAGGACAAAUUUCAAAAAUAAGCUCAUUUCAGAAUAAAAUUAUUGGGAAAGGAGAGCACCACCUUAUUCCUAGGGAAUUGUGGGGAAGUAAACUGGAAAAAGAUGGGUGAAACGUUUAUUAGGUCAAAAAAGAAACAUUUUAAUAAAAUGAUCACCUAUAAUUAUAAAGUAGUGCAUUGGCAAUGGGAAGGUAAAAUUUAAGAAACAUGAUUAAAUUGAACCAUUUUUUGUAAUUUUAAAGAUAAAUAAAAUCAUGGUUUUAUUAGAGGAAUCAAACUAGAUAUUAAACAGGGGAAAUACGAGGAAAAAUGAAGGUACUAAUGAAAAAUGAGAGAUAGGUGUAAUCAUGUCCAACCCCAGGCACUACACGAUAGUCUGUGAAUAAAAAAGUCAGUUGAAUGGAUUAAGAAGCAUUUAAUUACGUAGUCAGUGUCCUAGGCACCUGCCACUGAUUAAAGCAUUUAUUCCAAAAUUCUCCAUCAAGUCGAUAGGAAUUUUUUUUUUGCCCAUUACAAAUUGCCCUCUUUUAGUACUGUAAUGUUUAACCGCCACAUUUUGUUAAUACAUAGUGGAAAAGACUGGUACAAUUUCACAAAUCCUGCUUUCCUAGAAAUUAAACAAAACAAACAUAAGACAUACAACUUGACUAGUCAUCUACUUCAGUUAAUCUUUUCCUUUCUCAAAACCUUAAAAAUGCAUCUUUUGAAGUCACCUUUUGGGAGAUUUUUCCAGCUGGAAUCACUCUUCUGAGAUCAAAGAUUACCAAUCAAAAAGUCCAUUUAAGUUUGUAGGAUGCAAAGUGCCUAUUAAAAUAGCCCUCACUUUUAAGCUGUUAGUCACAGUAUGCUUUAACUCAUAUUUUUAAUGUAUUUCAUUACCCAAAUUGUAUAUUAUCUCACUGUGAGGAAACUGGAAGAGAGAAAGAGAUAUUUAAACAGGGGUCUCAAGGGUGGAGUUUCUGUAUCUUAGCUUCAGGAUGGUGAUUGACGUGGCCUGGGGUAUUAGGCCAGAAUUCAGUUAUCUACUUCUGUUUGGUGUCCCUUUUUUUUUCUCCACAAACCUCUGAAAUGAGAUUUUAUUCUUCGAAGCAAAAUAUUUUGGAGCUAGUUGCAUAGAAGCAUUCACAUUUUAAAUUAAUAUUUAUGGAAAAUCAUAUCAAAAAGGAAGGCUUGUUUGGAUAGCAUUACUGCUCCAUAGAAAACCUGGAUGACUGGAUAUUUUUAAUACUGCAUGGAAAUUAGUAAACCCAAGGUGAUGAUACAAGUAUUUCGUACAGUAUUUUAUUAUGCAUAAAGCCCGCUUCAUGAUGAUAACAGGAUUUUGUACGGUGUUUUAUUAUGCGUAAAGUAGGCUUCUAUAUCCCUGUAUUCCCAUGAAGUGGCUAAUUAAUGGCUAUUACUCAUGAUAUUUAUAUUAGUCAUUUAUUUAUAGUGCAAUAUAUUCUUAGAUGUGACUAGCCAAGUGUCUCAAUGCCUCUUUCUCUUGGUUAUGUUUUUGGCCUGAACUAUAUGGUAUCGAUUUGCUUUGUUGCCUAAAUAAGAGUUCUCUCUAUUCAUCUCACAUAACCAAUGCACUUUUUGAGGAGUGAUCUGGAUCCUAGCUCAGAGCAUAGGCCAUGCCACAGAAUGGCAGGGCAGAAUGGUAGACUAGGCUUGAAUUUGCGGUUCAUUAUCAAUUUCAGGUCUUCUCCACCUGAGGAAGAUAGAAAGUUCUUUAUGUGGCACCAAGGUACGGUACAUCUACAGCAGUUUCUGUCUCCCUGCUGAGACUUGGAGUUUCAAAAUUUCAUAGUCCCAUAAGUCAAGAAUGGGUAUCUUAUGGCAGGUGCAUCAUCUGAGAAUGAAGCCAAGCAAGGACAGGGGAAGUACCCUUAGACAUCGUCACAAAAGCUAAAAUGACUUUACAGUGUCUCUAGAAUAGAUAUGUUGUGAAAAGAACCAUUCAUUCAGAAUGUAGGUUGUGUUGGUAGCUUUAGGAUUGAGGAAAAAUAUUUUCUAGGAGUCAGUUGAUCACUUUUGAGGAGUUCUUGCAGCUGCAACUGUAUCCUUCUUGGAUACUAAGGUGUUAGUUCUCAGAAACUGCAGUAAAAUUGCAAAUAUAUUCAAAUUGUAAUUUCCAAAUGAUUUUUAUUUAGAGUUGGAAUGAUCCAAGCUAAUUUGAAGAUAUUGCAUUGUUCACCUUAACACCAUUCAUGUCUGGCACUGCUGUUUUAAGCUAGGGUGAGGCCAAUGGAAAAUUGUUGAUAUAGGCUGGUGCCAGUUUUUCCAAUCCAGGGCUAAAAUAUGACAUGAAAUCAACUAUGACCAAACACUCCCCCUAUGAAAAAUGACCUUUUCGUUUUAAAAUUCAUUCAUCUUCCUGCACAGAAAUGCUUUGAGAAGUAAAGCCAACAACUCUCUAUAAGUUAAGAUCUUUCUCAUCUGGUUGGAAAAAAAGGUUUUCAAAAAUGAAUAUACAAAUAAACUAUUUGGGAGCUA